AUGGUCGGUCGCAAACCAACAUCCAGGUCGACCUUGACGCGACACUCUUUCCCCUCCUUCUACGCUUGUUACCUCCUCAAAUCCAUACAAACCAAGUCUACCGCAACAUAUAUCGGCAGCACUCCAAAUCCACCGAGACGCAUUCGGCAGCACAAUGGCGAGAUUACGGCGGGAGCGUGGAAGACGAAGCAUAAACGACCGUGGAUAAUGCAGAUGAUCGUACACGGUUUCCCAUCCAAGCUCGCCGCGCUGCAGUUCGAAUGGGCCUGGCAGCACCCCCAUAUCUCGCGCCAUCUUCGAGAUGGGCACGGGAAGCCGCUGUUCCACUAUGAUCGCAAAGCGAAAUAUCUGAAAUCUUCUAUUCGAAUUGUGCGCACGAUGAUUUCGACGCAUCCGUAUAAUACGUGGCCCCUGCAUGUGAAGCUAUUCACCAAUGAAGCUGUCACCCACUGGAAUGAUGCAGCGGCCCACGCGACCUUGGACGCACUCCAGGGCUUUACAUGCUCCGUUGAAUUGGAGGGCGUUGACGGUAAGUCUGGCAAAUCAGGCUCAGGGAGACAAGGUCCGAUUGGUGCCAAUGACGAUCAAUUUACAUCUAGAUACCUCGCGAAGAACACAGCUCUUUUAGCAUCGGGCCACCCGCUGGAAUGUUCUGUGUGUCGCUUGCCGAUCCACGAUUACAGUACGUCUCCGUUAUCCACAUCGCUGUGCCCGCAACCUUCUUGCAAUAGCGUCGCGCAUCUGCUCUGCCUAUCCGAAGCAUUCCUCGCUGGCCAGAACGAUAGACCCGGAUUUAUUCCUCGGGGCGGCACAUGCAAUUCCUGCAAUACGUAUGUUCUUUGGGGCGACAUCAUCCGUGGGUGUUAUCGUCGAUCCACCGGUGCAGCUCCGGCACCAGAAGACGACGAUGACCUACAAGAGCGCGACCACGAUGAACUCUUCGGUUCUGACGACGACGACGAAGCUGAAAUAUCGCCGCGCCGGAAAGCUAAAUCGUCGAAGCCAAAAGCCUCCAAGCCCUCCAAGGCUAAACAGAAGAAGGGUACAGUAAAGGCCAAGGCCGGCGGGAAUGCCUCGAGUAGCGAAGGCGAGGCGUUUGACUUGGAUGUGAGCUCUGUGACCGAGAGCGAAUCAGAAGCGAUCCCCAUCAAACGUAGGCGCGGCCGCCCACGUAAAUCUUCGUUAACCUCGUUGACUAGCUUGACUACCUCCUUGUCAGCCCUUGCCUUGUCCCAAGGGAAAUAG